CUGGUUCUCCAGAAGCUGCUGGAUUUCACUCCUGAUUUAAUCCCACACCUAUCCAACAUUUCUCACUGAAUCCCAUCCCAACAUGUAUAUUGCCCCUCAAAGCACUUGAGCCCCGUUAAUAAAAACGGGUGAGGAAAGAGUGAGGCUUCGAAUAUUGAAAUAAUUCUAUGUUGCAUUUUAAAAGAUUGUUUUUAUUGCACUGAGCCUCUCCACGCAUUGGCCAGCUGGUCUUUAAAACGGAAAUGAACCUCGGUGCAUAAAAUGCCUGAAACCCUGGCCCAGUAUAAGCUGUUCACGGAUCUCGCCAACUCCCAACCUGGCUAAGUACCCCUUAAAGAAGCCUGUUACCGUAUGAGCCGAAGCGAGCCCUGGAAAAUGGGGGGGGGGGGGCAGUUAAAUAAACGAGGCUUAAGCUUUUUGGGGAUUAAAACAGACUCAUUUGCUUAUCUUUACGUCCCCAAAGCCUCUUUUUGCUUUCAAAUCAAACGCUUGCAGAGACAAUGAGGCGCAAGGUCCACGUUACAACGCGCCGCCGAGGCCCCAACCUCUCUCUCUCCCUAACGGAACCCGGCUUAAUCACGUCAGCGGGCGAAGGGAAGCCCUUCCCUUCCGCAGCUCUCGCGGCCAGAGAGCAGCGGCGGGCAGCCAACCAGCCUUUGCCUUGUGUCCCGCCACUCCCCUCUCCAGGACUCGUGUCACAUUUACGCUACGCCUGGGGCCGGCCCUGGCCUGUUCCUCCUCCUCCUGCUUCCUUCAGCAAUGGCGUCUCUCCGCGCCAGCCAUUCAAUGAAGGGCUGAGAGGAGCCGCGCCUGAGCGUCCACAAAGCAAUCCAAGGCCGUCGCUGGGCCAAGCGCCUCCGUGGCUUUGUUAGAGCUCCGGGGGCCGGCCGCAUUGCCCGCCCCGGGGCGGUCGUUGCGGAGUCUUCGAGGCUGGUCCCUAGAUCGGUCGGUCGCCGGCUGAGUGGAGGCGGCGGCGUCCUUUUUGGUUGAUCCCGGGCUGCCCGCCGCCGCCGCCACGAUGAAGCUGGUGCGGAAGGACAUCGAGAAGGAUAACGCCGGGCAAGUGACGCUCAUCCCCGAGGACCCCGAGGAUAUGUGGCAUGCCUACAAUCUGCUGCAGGUGGGCGACAGCCUGCGGGCCUCCACCAUCCGAAAGGUGCAGACGGAGUCGUCCACGGGCAGCGUGGGCAGCAACCGCAUCCGCACCACGCUCACCCUCUGCGUGGAGACCAUCGACUUCGACUCGCAGGCCUGCCAGCUGCGCGUCAAAGGCACCAACAUCCAGGAGAACGAAUACGUCAAGAUGGGCGCCUAUCACACCAUCGAGCUGGAACCCAACCGGCAGUUCACGCUGGCCAAAAAACAGUGGGACAGCGUGGUGCUGGAGCGGAUCGAGCAGGCCUGCGACCCGGCCUGGAGUGCUGACCUGGCCGCCGUGGUGAUGCAGGAAGGGCUGGCCCACGUCUGCCUGGUCACCCCCAGUAUGACGCUGACCCGGGCCAAGAUCGAGGUGAACAUCCCUCGAAAACGCCGCGGCAACUGCUCCCAGCACGACCGGGCCUUGGAGAGGUUUUACGAGCAAGUGAUGCAGGCCAUUCAGCGGCACCUUAAUUUUGACGUGGUCAAGUGUGUCCUGGUGGCCAGUCCGGGUUUCGUGAGAGAGCAGUUCUGCGACUACAUGUUCCAGCAGGCUGUCAAGACGGAUAACAAGUUGUUGCUGGAGAAUCGCUCCAAAUUCUUACAGGUGCAUUCAUCAUCUGGACAUAAAUAUGCCCUGAAAGAAGCUCUUUGUGAUCCAGCUGUGACUAGUCGACUUGCUGAUACCAAAGCAGCUGCUGAAGUCAAAGCUUUAGAUGAUUUCUACAAAAUGCUGCAACAUGAGCCUGAUCGGGCCUUUUAUGGUCUCAAACAUGUGGAAAAGGCUAAUGAAGCUAUGGCUAUUGAUACUCUGUUGAUCAGCGAUGAACUUUUUAGGCAUCAGGAUGUGGCUACUCGUAGUCGAUAUGUCCGGCUCGUAGAUAGUGUACGUGAGAACAUGGGCACAGUUCGAAUCUUCUCUAGCCUUCAUGUAUCUGGGGAACAACUUGGACAACUGACAGGUGUAGCUGCUAUUCUGCGUUUUCCUGUUGCAGAACUUUCUGACCAGGAAGAUGAUUCUAGUUCUGAAGAUGAUUGAUGAUGGAGAAUAAUUUCACCCUUAUCUUAUUGUAUAAUGAGACUGCUUCCUUUAUAAUAUUUGUCCCCAAUAGUAAAUACCAAACAAAAAUAGAGAACAAUAUUUUUUUAAAACAACUGGCCAAGUUGUCAUUUUGUGAACUUGAUAUUUAUGCAUUUGUGUUGCUGUGAUGAUAGUGCUAACAGAUUUCCCCUAUCAAAACUGGGGUGACCUAACUAAUUGGCAAACAGGUCUGAUGCUUUGUGGAACAUGCAAAAAUAAUAAACUUAUCAGGCAAGAAGGAUAAUGUGUUUAUUUGUGUGUGAAAAGAAGUAGUGUUGCCAUCUUUUCCUGGUCCUUUUGCCCUCAAGGACUAUGUUGAAAAGAGAAAAUAUAUAGUCAGUAAGAGUAGUCAGAAAACAUGUGGCAAGUUUAAAUCUGUCUUACUUUUUACUCUGAAAGUUGCUAAUUUAUAUACUUCUAUCAGAUGUUUUCAUUUUAGCAAUUGACUAUUCAAACAUUUUCUUUUAUUAUAAAUGAAAUUUUAAUUUCAUGGUUUUAAUUAAAACUUUAUUGAUAUAACUAAUGGGCUAAAAAUAAUAUAAAAUCUAAUAAUAUAUUACUAAAUAACUGAAGUAAGCAUUUUUAAGAGUUGAGGGAAGAUUCAAUUGCAAUGAAAAUAUUUGUUAACUCCUUUGGCAAACCUAACAAACCAGCUCAUUUCCAGUUUAACGUAAACACUAUGCCUGAUUAUUUAUCCUUACAUACUGAAGGAUUGCAGCUAUGAGGGGUUUACAUAUUCAAACCACAGAACUGCUAUAGAUUUAGUUAACUUAUAAGACAUACUAUAUUUUGUAGCUAAUAGAAUAAAACUAGGGAAAUGGAAUUCUCCAUCUUUGGGAAACAGAAACGUCUAAAAUCAGUCAGAAGUAGAAUCUUUCUCUAAUGUGCCUUUCUCUUCCACAUACCCACACACUGAUCACCAGGGCAAACUUCAUCCAGAUGCAGUUCCUAAACUUCCUUUGAUUAUGCUUUGAUAGUAAGGCAAGCAUAUAUAAAUUGUGCGCUUUCCCAAAAGUUACAAAAAUUCUUGCCUAUGUACAUUAGCACUUUAUUCAUGGUUUUUCCAAAAUAUUAAGUGUGUGCCUCAGUCACCAAAAGAUUGUCCAUUUCUGUUGUAGCUUAAAGGCUCAUUUAUACUUCCUAAGAAUGGGGAUGCCUUGCUACAGGCCUGUCAAACUGGUGGCUUGUGGGGUGGAUGCGUCAUGUGCAGGCCACACCCAUCCUGGCUCCGCAAAGGCAAAAAAAGUCAUGAUACUUCACGACAUGUUACAUAAUGUGAUCGAGUUUGACAUCCAUGCCUUACUCUGUAGUGGUUUAGGUUUUCCUGGAAUUUCCUGUGAAUAGAAGAGGAACCCUUACAUUUGGUAAGAAGAAUAAAAGAACUGUUGGGAAGGAAGGAACAGGUAUAGGUGAAACACCUGUGAAGAUAUCCCUGUAUCCUCUUGUUUGAUAGGGACUGCCUACCUGGUGAAUUUAACCUUUUUCUGUCAUGCGCACACAAGUCUUCUCUCUUUUCUUUCCAUCUCCAGUCAGUUAUUUCUUUCCACAAUCUCAUCACCAUCAGAUUUGCCCUUCUUUUUCUCUCUUCAUCCUUUCCCAGGGCAGCUAUUCUUUUACCUCACCGAUCCCAUUUCCUGAUUAUCUUUUUUCUUGUUAUUUCUGUGAGAAACAGUGAGGAAGUUGCAAUCCCUGAUUUUGGAGGCAUUUGUUUUAUUAUGCUAUUAAUUCAAUUAAAUAUGAAUUUAUUCUUGUCCUCAUCCUACCUUUUAAAGAACAUACAGCUUCUGGCUUCUUUAAGGUAUCUAUACACACAUGCAUAUAUUAAUGUAUUAUGAGUGCACAUUUAUUGCAGAGGGGAAAGAAAUACUCAGAAUUAGUUUCAACUGGAGUUGGGAAAGGAUGGAAAUUGGGAUUAUACAGAAAAUUUGCCAUCUGUGUGUGUGUGUGUAUCUGUGUUUAUACAUAUAUAUACACAUUUGCAAGAUACUAUUUGGGUGGGAAUAUUAUUUUAAAUUUGUCUACCAUUUGCCUACAUAUGGUAAAUAGAUGCUGGAAAUUCAUUACACAUUCCAUUUACAAGAAAUUGUAAGGAAACAGGUAGAAUGAAUAAACACACAUAACAUGCAGAUAAAAAAAGAAAGCAUAUUGGCCUCACUUUGCUAUAUUGUCUGGAAUCAGAUCAACCCUCAUUUAAAACAAGAUAUUCCCAGAGAUUCCUCAGCUUUAUCCACUUGGAAAGAUAAUUUUCACUUAUUUGUCCAUUUAAAUGCAGUCUGAAUAAAUUACUUUUCAUGUAUAAAUUACUGUGAAGAGACAAUCUUACAUGCUAGAUUAUAACAGUCUACUAUUGCAUCUAAAGAAGCAUUGAUUGUGUGACUUAAGCCUUUUGCGAAAUAUGUAAUUGUGUUUUACUUGUUGCCUACAUUUAACAGAACUGUAUUUUUAAUGUAUUUAUUGUUGAUGAGUAAUAGUUGAAAAUGUCAAUUUCUUCUUUGGUUAAAGGUUAAAGAUGUAGACAGAAAAGCUAGAAGAGAAGUUAAACAAAAGUUCUUUUAUGGUUUAUCAGAAUAAAUAGACAUGUUUGUAUUCUUCACUGAUAAAUAGAAAGCUUUGUGUAAGGUUUUAUCAGAAAUACUGAUUUUUAGCCAAGUGUGAAAUUAAUAGCAAUAUACAUUCUGAUGUGGCCUUUAAAUAGUCCAGAUUAAAGUCAGUUAAUAGGGCAUGAGGAAAAUUCCACAGUGAAUGCCAGCAAGCAUACUUUUCAGAUGGCAGAGCAUUCUAAGUACACUAGCUUUAUAAUACUGAAAUAGCCUGAGAGCAAAAAUCUGGAAGAAAAUUAGAAGCAUUUAAUAGAAGAUCAUUGAAAACAAGAUAAAGUGUUUUUUCUGUUUAACUUUUACCAGAAGGCUGCAAACUAUGGCUGGCAUUCUAAUAACUU